UUCGGCUUAGCAGCGGACACUGUGGAGUUCCGUUUUGCUGCUUUUCUACGUUUGCUCCGUGCAUGUUUUUGCAGUUCCCAAUUUGUGACAGCAGUCGUGCAGUUCAGUUUUCGUCCGUAGAAAAUAAGCAGGAAGUUGUAACCGUGUUCCUUGUUUUUGGUUUCCAUCAUUAACAAGUUUGAUAUACGCUAUUGCAAUCCAGGUGCUUCUGUCUCCGCGUUCGAUCGAUUCAUUACCGUGUAAUAAUGCUCUUUUCCCUGUCGACGUGCUUUGCAGUUUGAUUAUUAUUUGUUCUUAUUCCGAUCGCCAUUAGUUGAAAGCGUGCAAAAUUUUUCCUGCUUAACGUGAGUUGGCCGGUAUCAAGUUUCGCAUAGUAAAGAAAUUUCCUGCAGUGAGAAUGAAUCAAUGAGCCAUAAAAAAAUCUGCAUACUUAAUUUAUCGGAAAAAAUUUGACAAACCAUUUCUUAGUGAUACCGUUAAUCCAAAAAAGGAUUUCACUCAUCGCUAUUUUCGUUUGCAUUCGUUUGCCUAGAUCUUGCCAAAAUUUUACCAACAAGGAAAAUGCGUCCCCGCAUCGAGAGCUCGAUUGGCGAUGACGCCAUGGAGAGCUGCGGCUAUCUCAAGUUCAACGAUGAGAAAAUGAAGUCGAACUUCCUGCAAAGUCUAAGUACUAUGCGUCGCCAUCGGCUAUUUUGCGAUGUGAUCCUUUUGGUCGGCAGCACCGAAAUUCAUGCCCACCGUAACGUUCUGGCCUGCGUAUCACCUCACCUGAUGGAACUGUUCAGUACGGAUGUGGGUAACCUAAACGGUACUGCAACCGAAGGGAAAACACCCUGCUACCGACUGAACGGGCACAUCACCACUCCAGGCCUGAAGUAUCUGGUUGAGUAUGCUUAUACUGGCUCGCUGGAAGUGCCCAACGAUAUGAUACGCGAUGUGUAUCUGGCUGCUUGGCAGCUUAAGAUUGACAACGUGGUCAAGGAAUGCGCUCGCCAUAUGGUGGGUGAACUGGAACCGGAAAGCUGCAUUGAGACCCGCUCUUUGCCGGGGAUUGCGCGGAACAACAACUUCGUCCUUGAGGUUGACAGUUACAUAGCGAAAAACUUCGCAGAGGUUUCGCAACAGCCUGGCUUUCUGCAGCUUCCAUGCAUUCUGAUCGAGGUUCUAUACCAAACCAAACAAGAGAUGUCAAUAGUUUCGGAAGCUUCACUUUGUAGAUUGGUUCUCGAUUGGAUUCGACGUCGAAUGACAGAAGAUGGAAUUUCGGUUUCAAAUUUGCUGGAAAGAUCACAUAUGCUGUACUUGGCAUUGGAUAAUUCUUUGCAAGAUUGCUCCGAUCUUCCGCCUGGUCAAGAGUCGGAGAGCGAUUUGGUUCAAGACUACAAGCGUUUGGCACAGAAGUGUCCAAACAGUAAAAAGCACCGUAAAGGACUCAAAACUCCUGGCCGCCCCAGAGUGCUCGUUUACAACCGCGACAUAGGCGAACGAGUUGAGCACAGUGCUCAGGAUUGUGAUUGGAGUUUGAUUGGAAGUUCUAAGGUGGCAAAUCAUACCUUUGUUUCUCUUGUCACUUUGAACGGAAGUCUGUCGCGAUUGUCCAUUCAGUUGCGACUCAAUGUGCCGACAACACCGUCUCCCAUCAACACUCCAGAUUCAGUAAGUGCCAGUGUGAGUAAUGAAGAGGAUCUCAGUGGAACAGAAAAACCGGAGCUAUUUUGCGAAGUGGCUACCAUGUCCGGACCGAAAUGCGGCCUGGGCGUUGCAGAAUUGGAAGGCAAACUGCUCGUUUGCGGUGGUUACGAUCGGGCGGAAUGUUUGAAGGCGGUAGAAUCUUACUGCCCGAGUACCAAUAGCUGGACACAGGAAUGCAACAUGGGCGAAGCACGUGGACGAGUGCAAAUAGCUGUAAUCAACGGUACGGUAUAUGCCGUAGGUGGAUGUAAUGGAACAACUGAGCUUGAUUCCGUUGAAUGUCUAUCAAAAAUUGACAAAAAGUGGAAGAAGGUUUGCAAGCUACCGCUCGCUCGCAGUAACGCUGGGGUUUGUGCUUUGAAUGAUCAAAUUUAUUGCAUUGGAGGCUGGAACGGUCAAAGCGGCAUUCGUCAAUGCGAUGUGCUCAAACCGGCGGAUAACAAGUGGUUCUCCAUUGCUCCAUUGAACACCGGACGAUACCAAGCGGGCGUGGCAUCCUUUAAAGGAAACUUGUGGGUAGCUGGUGGAAGCGAUGCCUGGAACUGUCUAGGAUCAGUGGAAAUGUACAAUCCGGAAAACGAUCAGUGGACCUUUGCCCCAUCGCUGCUAACACCGAGACGCGGCUGUGGCCUGGCCGAGUUCAACGGUAAACUCUAUGCCGUCGGUGGCAGCGAUGGAACACAUUCAUUAAAUACAACCGAAUGUUACGACGAAGCUAACAAAUGCUGGGUGGCGGGACCAAAUUUAACGUCGCCGCGUUCCAACGUUUCGGUUGCGGUUGUCCAGAAUAGGCUGUACGCCAUCGGUGGGUUUUCGGGAAAGACAUUCCUGAACACGAUAGAGUACCUAGAUGCCAGCUCGAACGAGUGGACUACAUUUGUGCCGCAAACCAAUCAGAACAUUGACAGUUUGCUACAGGCUUCCCUCCACACCAAUGGUCUGAGCGGCCGAGCCGGAUCUUCAUCUACCUCGUCUUCGCCGGACAUUACGACCGCACAGAACGGUGAGAGCGAUCAUGUGUUUAAGCCGAUCAAAUCGGUUGAAGUUAGCGCUUAUGGUUCCGAAAGAUCUAACAAUGAAGCUUCAGCAACCGACAAGGAGGUCUCGGAUAUUCUAGCAGAGAGCAAAAACUCGGCGAAAAAGUUAGCUGCAUUAAAUGGUAAAGAUGACGAAUCGCGCGUGGCGACAGCAAAUGGUACAAACCAUUCUCUCGACAGCAGUAUUAAAGGGCAAAAAAUUCUCGUGAACAACGGUGAGGAGACUCCGAAUUCUAAUGGCUGCAGCUAACUAACCAACAAAAACGGGGCAUCGCAAGAGCCAAACGAAACGACCCCGUCAAUUCCGUAAGGUCUUGGUUGGACGAUUGACCGAAGCAGAAAUAAGCAAGAACUUUACGAAAUUCGCAGUUUUUUUCGCGAUGGUUUUCUGGAACAUAUUUAACUAUAUACAUACAACUGCAAACUCAAUACAUUUGAUAAAUAUCUUUUUUACUACUACUAAGAUUAAAAGUGUUAUCUACACUUUUUGUAUGAGCGCCGAAUAAUAUGUUGAUGAUAACGUGAAGAAUCAAAUUUAUUUAUCUGUGUACAAUAUAUGAAAAACAACAACAGUUCUACAGAUAUUGAGGUAAAUGUAUUUUAACUAAAAACAGCAGAUAACUAAUUCCGUUACUGUUAAAAAUAAGCAUCAAAACAUAGACGAGAACUGCUAUCAAAAGUAUAAUAGAAUCAUUCACAAUGUGCAUUGUAGAGUCCAUCAUUUGCCAUUCAAAUUCCAGUUAAACGAUAUGCAGCUUACAUAUAUUUUAUCAACAAUUAAAUAAAAUACUGAUUUGAAUGCUUAUAAUUCUGAAUAUCCGCCUAGCAUCGAUUACGUUCGGCAUUUCAGAUGAUCAAAAGUGUCAUUAUAAAUGACGCAUGGCCUUUCUAUUAUAUUUAGCCACUCACUUUUGGAUCGGCCAUUAAUAACAGAAUUAUUAGCCAAUUUGGUUCUAUUUUUUCUUCUUUUUUAACAAGAGCGCGAAAUUUGGAUGGUGGAACCUAAUCUAAAUUUUACGCUAAUUUCAGUUUGUUGGAUAUUCUAGUAAGCUGCAAUAAUGACACACAGUUCUUAGUCUAAAGAAACAGAUAACUACACUGCGGUCCAUCUACAUGUAUAGAAAUAAGUUCACAUUAAACUUUCUCCACAGAGAGAAUAAUAGCUGAGUCAAGUGCAUAUGUUAACUACUCAACAAAAACAAAAUUAAAGACACGCACGAACGUCGCGCGUUUAUAGUAUGUAUCUAAGAAAUUUCAUUUCCAAGUGAAAGAGAAAAACACUCCUAAAUAAUACAUGUGUAACUUCAUAACAAAUUUAACUUCACUACUUCAUAUGAUGUUUAGGUCAUUUGUCCCGUUCCCUCCUGAAUCUAGGAAACUUUGACAACCAUUUUUACACAGUAAAACUUUCGAAACUAUCUAGAAACAAAUAACACACGUUUCGAGAAUUUUUAAAAAGCAUAUGCUGAAAAGUGAAAACUAAAAUGAAAUAUUCUGAAUGAAGUGACCAAAUUCGGUAAAAAAGAUUUUAAAAGUAAUAACUCAAAACCAGAGCAUAACCUCGACUGCAAACCGCCACCGUAUUUACCUUUUAUUCAACCAAUCUUCGAAAAAAGAGAACAGUUUUCGAUGAAAAUUUUCAACAACACUAAACCGAUAUUCUACUUUCGACGAAAAAUCAACAAGUGAUUAAAUACAAAUGAGCAUUUAGUUUUCUUUCAUCAUAAACAAACAAACAAACAAGCAAGUAAAAUGGAACGAUCAAUCAAAAGAAUUUUGUAUUCGAACGAACAAGCAACAACAGUGAAGUGGUAAAAUACGAAAGCAGUUUAUCGGUUAUGGUAGAAAUAGAAACAUGUUUAGCUAUAACACCAUUUUAGAGCCAGAGAAAGACAACAAUACAUGGCAAGUAGGUGGUUUUAUUGCACCCACUGAUAAUGAUCAAUUCCUUUUACUAAAGUGCUAUAUUAUUAGUAUUAGUUAUAUUAUUAGUGUUAGUUUUCAAACAAUUUAAAAUUUUUGAAACUACAUUUUGAUUGAACUUGUGAUUCCAAAUAACUUUUUUUACUUUAUUAUACUACUUACAACGAUACAUUUUUACUUCUCUACCACCCUCACAGCACAUCUCUGUCGUUGUGCCAGCUACAUAUUAAUAUUAUUGAAGAUAGACUAAUCUCAAGAUUUUAGUCUUGACCUUGGAAUGAGGUCAUACAUAUAUUUAAUAUUUUUUUGAAACGAUGGUUCUACAAUUGAUGAAGGGACGGUAGGGGAAAGA